GGUGGUUGUUUGUUUGUAUGUAAAAUAGUGAGUUGAGAACAGCAGCAGAGCAAGCGAAGAAACAUGAUCUGUAUUAAUAAUUUGGGAUUAGUUCUCAUUUACACUUACAUCAUGUUAUUCAAGUUAAAUGUAGCUUGCAAAUCUAGAUUGUGUGAUGAUUAUCAACUAAAUAAUUAUAAUUUAACGGAACAAAACAAACAACUCAUAUCCAUAAAUAAAACAGAAUCAUUACACAUGGAAAAAAGUGAUAAACAUUUAAACGCUGAGUCAUUUAUUCACAUCAAAGUUUUAAACAAUGAUAAAAAUAAUAAAACAGAAUUGAGACUCUUCCAAGAUGAUAAUUCUACGUUAACAACAAAAGACAACUCGAACAGUACAAGUACAACAUUAAUAGUAAAUUAUAAUAAAACUGUUGAACCAGAAGAAAUAAGUACAACAACUGAAAUAAAUGAGUCUUCAACAGAUAGUAGUAAUCGUUCUUCUGUGAAUAUAGUUGCAGAUGAAGUAACUAAACAAACAACUAUACGACUACCAGUUAGUACUGAUGAACAACUUGCAACUUAUAGCACCACAACUGCAAUGACAUCAUCUGUAGGACCAGUCACAACAAUUGAACAAAAUAAUAUUCUCACUGGAUUAGCACUUCAACAUAAAAACUAUACAGAAAAUGUCGCACGCUUAAAACAAAUCAUUUUAAAUUUGACUGAAAAACUUGAUAAAGUCCAUGACGAUCUGAAAUCAAGGCACAUUUCUAAUUCUACAUACAUGCUAGAUAAUCCAUCUACCGAAUCAACCACACCGAACCAAAACGUACUACAAUCAACUUCUAACGAAAACGCAAACUAUCCAAAUAAAUUCAAAUCAAGAUGUGGUGCGUCACAAAAUAUUUUAAAUCUAAAUAGUGCACGAAAAAGGUAUUUAAUGACCAGAAGAAUUUUGCAUACUUAUCGAAAUGUUGGGAAUAGAAAAAUGGAAGAUGCUGAACAAGAGAUUUUAAAUAAUAUGAAACAUCAGAAAUUUGUACGAAAUACUGAUGAUUGUUAAUAAUUGUACAUAAAACGCUCCAUUACCAAAUAAAAUUUUACA